AGAACUAAUUUUUUUAAACGGUGCUCAUCGAAAUCGGUUUGACAUUUGAAUGCCGUCUUUGAAAUGCUCAAAAACAAACAAAAGUGAGCACGUCCAUUCAACCAAUAUUCUAUUUCCUUUAUUUUGGCUCUGCUCUGUUUCGGUUUAUCGUCUCUUUUGGGUUUGUUAAGCAAAGGAUACUACAGAGGAACAUGGUGUCAACGACCAUUGAUUUGUUGAAGAAGGACCUUCCUGUGGAAGAAGGCUCUUUGGUUCUUUCUCAAGAUGUUAAGACUGGUCUUGUUAUUGUUGACGUUGUUAAUGGCUUCUGCACCGUUGGAGCUGGAAAUCUGGCUCCAACGCAACCUGAUAAACAAAUAUCUGAUAUGGUUGAAGAAUCUGUGAGACUAGCCAGGCUAUUCUGUGAGAAAAAAUUGCCUGUUUUUGCUUUUCUUGAUUCCCAUCAUCCUGAUAUUCCCGAGCCUCCAUAUCCUCCUCAUUGCAUUGCUGGAACUGAUGAAUCUAGAUUGGUUACUGCUCUCCAGUGGCUAGAGAAUGAGCCGAAUGCAACACUUAAAUGCAAAGAUUGCAUUGAUGGUUUCCUUGGUUCAAUUGAGAAAGAUGGUUCCAAUUUGUUUGUAGAUUGGAUCAAGAAUAAUCAGAUUAAAGCUAUACUGGUUGUGGGUAUAUGCACGGAUAUAUGUGUACUGGAUUUUGUAUGUUCCACUCUGUCUGCCAGAAAUCGUCGCAUGCUUACCCCUCUUGAGGAUGUGAAUGUGUACUCCAGUGCGUGUGCAACUUUUGAUCUUCCAGUUCAUGUUGCCAAAAAUAUUGAUGGCGCUUUGGCUCAUCCUCAGGAUCUUAUGCAUCACAUAGGUCUAUACAUGGCCAAGGGAAGGGGAGCCAGGAUUGUAUCCGAGGUUUCAUUUGCUGAUCUAAAAGAGACGUGUGUAUAAGACAUCUAAGACUGCUGGAAAUGCAUAUUAUCUGCCGCUGUACAGCGCUAUAAACUUUAAUGAUAUAAAAAAUAGCUGUUUUCCAGUAACAUCUUUAAAGAUUUGAAUUUCUUGCCCUAUAUUCAGCAGCUAAUAAAUAUACUCCUUUGGUUUUUUUUCUCUAUAAUGCUAUAUGUGAGUGUCAAUAUCUCCAUCAGCAAAUUUUCAGCAGAACAAAGAAAGUUGAUUAGCAGUAACGCAGUCUUUAUUAGAAAUUUGAUGGCUUGAUGACGUAUCGCAUGGGCCAUUAAUCACAAGGGGUGAAGAGUAACAAGCACACGCUGUUUCCUAUUUGAAGGUUCCUCUGAAAAGAGGGCAAGCGCAGAAAGAAGAAAAGCAUAAGCAAUAUUUUCGGCAGUUCACCAAAAGAAACGAAAUGAAAGCAUAUGAAGAAGUAAAAGU